AGCCCUGAAGCGGGGCUUUCAGGAGGCGGCAGCCACCCCAGCUCGGGUACCAUCGGCGCGGCGGGAGGCAGCAUCUUCUCCUGCAUCCCUGAGGACGUGACGUGAUAAGCUCCUGUCCGUCAGGCCUGAAGCACAAGUGGAGAGUUGAUGAUGCAGAGCACUGAGCGCCGCUGACCUUUUAGGUCUGACCUCCUGGGCCUGCCCUACAGCUUCGGGGUCUGCUCUUCAGGGAAGCAAAACUCAUCCAGAAGUGCUCGGCCCUGUCCUGCCUGGCUGCCACCCAUUGAGGUGCUUCAGAAACGCUCAACAACAAGCAGCUCCUGUGUGUGUGGUCCCUUCACAAGAUGAAACAUGCUGGAGCAUCACCAGUGGAUAAGCUUUUGAAAGUCCUGGCUUGUUAUUUAAGGAGGGCCGGGCUGCCUGCUGUGAGUUUUGGGUGCAGGUGUCCCUGCUGCCUUCUCCCAACAGCUUGUGGGUGCUGAGAGCCCUGCUUCUGGGGAUGUUCUCCCUUGAGCUCAGAGCAGCAGCAGCAGUCGACCUGGAGCAACCCAGCAGGGUGUAUUCCGGAGCUGUUGGGAAGGAGCUCCCAACUCCGGAGCUUUCCUGGAGCAGAUGACUGACAAAGUGAUGAACGGGAGGGUGCCCCUGCCUGAAAAAGCCUUGUCUGAGGGCUAUGCCCGGCUGAGGUACAGGGACACCUCUCUGCUCAUCUGGCAGCAGCAGCAGCAGAAACUGGAGUCAGCCCCCCCCAACACCUACCUGAGCCGGAGUCGGAGUAUGUGGUAUUCACAGUAUGGAAACGAAGCCAUCCUGGUGAGGGACAGGAACAAGCUGGAUGUCUCCAGGGACACGGGGCAAUCCAAGUUUUGCUCUGUUAUGUAAUUUUGGUGGUUUUGCAUUAGAAGAGCCACACGAGGAGACAAAGCAGACUUGCAUCCAGCCCAGGGGGAGGUGGGUUGGCUCCGUCCUCCACCCCAGAAUUAAGCAGUGUGUACAGGGUAGGGCAGAAAGGCUUCCUGAAGUUUUGUGUCCGUUAUCAUUAUCCAGAUUUUGCAUGCCAUUGAGUGCUCACAAUGAAAGCAGCCUCACUUGUGACCUCCUGAGCCUGUGUUUGCUGCCAUGCUGGCCCACGGGAAGCACCCCCGGUGCUGUGGGAGCCAUCCCCAGCAGGCACUUGUGUUUGCUAUUCCUUACCCAUUGCCAAAGCUCUGCAAAUGCUGGUGGGAGAGCAGUGCUGCAGGCUCAGCCCAUGCAAAGCGAAGUGCCCUGGCUGGUGCCAGAGUUUGGUGUCGUGGAAAUAACAGACAGGACACGUGGAGUGGGUGGAGGUGACUCCCUUCAUCCAGGCAGAACCCCAGCCCAUGGGUUGGGAACCAAAGUGAACCACCUGAAAGGGAAGGAUAGGCCCAGGAGAGCAGCAGGAAGAAAGCUCCUGUAAAUACACACAUCCCCUGCUAAGGGAGAUGAGGAAACUCCUACAAAGCAUCUGCCUGUGCCCAGGGAUCUGUUCCAGAAGGAAACAAUCUACUGAAGAUGGAUUUGUGUUUCAGAUUCAAUGCAUGCAAUAGCUUGGAAGGGUUCAUCUGCUAAUUCAGGUCUGAUAGUAGAUUUGGUGCAUGUAUUUUAAAAUUUGUCUGGGAGCAUUUGUUUCAACUAGCUGAAGGAUUUUAGGAGGGAAAAAUACUACAAUUGCACUUACUGGGAACAGAGAUUGCUUCCAGGUUGUUUCCUGACUUGUUCCAGGCAAGAUCAAGCUGAGAAGUGCAAGCUAGCAAGCACCUAAACCUUGAUUAAAAACCAAGCAGUACCACUUCCAGGGGUGCUAAUUAGGUGCCCAGGGUUCAGCAUUGAAGCCUAACAUUGGGCUCAAGUCCCAGACUCCUUGCCUGUCCUGCCUGGGAUGUCCCCUGCAGCCCCAAACCACCAGCACUCAAGCAUUGGCUUAAGUGCAAGCAAAUCAGUAUUUGGUGUUGGCUUCAGUAUGGAUCAUUUACCUGCCUAAAAUUAGGCACAGUCAUUACUUACCUUUAUGGAAAACCUCAUGUUUGUUUGUUUGUUCCAAGCACUUUAUUUAUUUAUUAUUUUUAAAAAGAAGAAUUUUCUCCACCUCUCCUGUGUGGGUUGAAGGCUACAACACACACACAGCAUGGAGCUGAGCAGAACACAACCUGUCUGAACACCAGAUCUUGGGAGGUUUGGUGCCCCUCAGCCCUGCUCCAUAGUAAAUGUAUGCACUGCAAAGCAGGGGCAGCUCCUUUUUGGGGUUUUUUUUUUUAGUGUUUCUGCAUGUGUUGCUGUGUGGUACCUUAAUGUGUGCUCAUAGGACUAAACCUGCUGCUGGACCUCAGUGCUUGGCAGCCCCCUGCAUUGCUCCCCAUGCUCACAAAAUCCUCUUGAUCUUGCCAGGACUAGCUCUGAAUAGGAAAUAUUUUAGUGAAUAAAUCUUUUUCAGCUGGGGAAAAAGCAAUCAAGAAGCUUCACAACCCCAGCAAGACUCAGGAGGCUGCUGGCAGCUGUGGCUCCUGUUCUGGGGGUGCAGGGGGAGGGAGAGCAGCACCAGGGAUGUGUGACCCACCCACACCCCAGCUCCCAGCCAAGCCCACAGGAGAUUAUUUCUAGAAAUUAUUUCUAGAAAUGGGCAGAAGGCUGGUCUGAGAGCUCCCCAGGAGCCACGGGGAAAAGGGCCUGGAGAAGCAGGAGAGAGGGGUUCAGGGCUCCCAGGGGAGCAAUUGAUCUCUGAGAGUCUAAGGAACAGCACAUCCCCAAACCAGCUGUUCAUUUUCUUUACUUUCCUUAUAGAAAAAAAAAAGUGUUUCAAUUUGUUGUGGUUGGUUGGGUUUUCUUUUUCUUUUCAUUUCAGUAAGAAAGUUGAUUAUUUGGGGUAUAAACAGUCUACGUAUCCAGUGAGCCAAAAAUUCAGUGACUUGAAGUGUUAAUUGGACUUCAUCACAAGAAUGAAAAGCUGCACACAUCAGUUCUUCCAGGACUGAGGCUGAACAUGACAGCACAGGAAGAACAUGACUUGUUCUUCCCUCCCUGUGGCUGUGACUGGGUUAGUUCCCCUCUCUGUGUCCCCGUUGGUCACAGCAGGUGUGUGGUGGCUGCUCGGAGCAUUUCUAGAAGCCAGUUGUGUUGCUGCACCUCUUUCCAAUGCUGUUGUAGCCUCCUUGAUAAAGUGCAUUAAAAUUGUUGGAAUGCAUGAUCACCA